AUGGUGGUUUCUCUUCCGAACUCGUUUCUCCAGAUCAAUGCAUGUCCUCCUUCUCUCCUUAUCAAAAAGCCGGUUAAGGCGACAGCAUCGGUUUACGCGAACCGAGGAAGUAAACCGGCGGGAAGCAACACUUCGGUGGUUCAAAUAACGUGCAGGAAGAAGGAAUUGCACCCAGAGUUUCACGAGGACGCCAAGGUUUACUGCAACGGAGAGCUCGUGAUGACGACCGGAGGGACUAAGAAAGAGUACGUCGUUGAUGUUUGGUCUGGCAACCAUCCGUUUUACCUCGGGAACAGGUCUGCUUUGAUGGUUGAUGCUGAUCAAGUUGAGAAGUUCCGUAAGAGGUUCGCUGGGUUGUCGGAGAUUAUGGAGAUUCCGGUUUUGAAAGGAGAGAUUGUGUUGCCUACGAAGAAAAGCAAAGGUGCUGGUAAAGGGAAGAAGAAAUGA